GACAAAAUGUCAACGAAAGGCGGCUCAGCAUUACAGAAAACACAAAACUAUUCGGUCUGCUAUUAAAGCCGAUAAAUUUACCAAAAUAUUUAAUUAAUGCUCAACCAAUCUGUGUAACAAACCGCUGAGUGUAGUUUUAUUUUCAUUGUGCAAGCGAUUUAAAGCAGUAAAUUCAUUUAAUUAAAGAUGUCUUCUGGCCGGCCUAUUAAAUGCGUUGUAGUUGGUGACGGAACGGUCGGAAAAACUUGUAUGCUGAUAUCAUACACAACAGACAGUUUUCCGGGUGAAUAUGUGCCGACGGUAUUCGACAAUUAUUCAGCACCAAUGGUGGUGGACGGUAUUCAAGUCUCAUUAGGUCUAUGGGAUACUGCUGGUCAAGAAGAUUAUGAUAGACUUAGACCAUUGUCAUAUCCACAAACGGAUGUCUUCCUUAUAUGUUUUAGUGUAGCAAGCCCUUCCUCAUUCGAAAACGUUACAUCGAAAUGGUAUCCUGAAAUAAAACAUCAUUGCCCUGAUGCACCAAUUAUUCUAGUCGGCACUAAAAUUGAUUUGCGUGAUGAUCGUGAAACAUUGAGUGCGUUAGCCGAGCAAGGUUUAUUGGCAUUAAAAAGAGAACAAGGACAGAAAUUAGCUAACAAAAUUAGGGCCGUUAAAUACAUGGAAUGUUCUGCGUUAACACAACGUGGCCUUAAACAGGUUUUCGAUGAAGCAGUCAGAGCCGUACUUAGGCCGGAACCCCUGAAACGACGACAGCGAAAGUGUAUCGUAAUGUAAUCGAUCAACAAUUUAUACAUCUCGGUUCUAAAUAGAAAUUUGUAUUUAAACAAUAAGGUCAGUUCUAACUAUAAAAGAUAUACUGUGGUUAUUCUAACAAAACAAAACAAAACAAAAAAAACAAAAUGAAAAAAGAAAAAUUAUGAACGCAAUGGGAAAAGAACAGAAAGAGUUAUAAUCAAGACUUAUAAUAGUGACAAAAUGGGCAAAAUUGUAUUUUUGUCGCGUAACACCAAAAUAACGAAACCACUUUUUUAUACUCAAAAUGAUGACAACAAAAAGAAGAAACCAAACAACAAAAAAACA